GCCUCGGACAGCUAUGAUUCGCUAAUGAACAGUGCUAUGUUUGCUACGAUUAUUUUCGCUGUUAUUCGUUUAUUCUGUCACAUAUCUGCUAAUAGCGAAGAUGUCAUUCGGAUAGAGGAAAAACUUACCACUGAUAGAGAAUUUUAUGAUCUUUGGAUGCAUCUCAUCUCAUUGCAGGAAAACUGUAGCCACUUCAACGUACUGCACGAAAAACUCCAUGCCAAUGAGAUCAACAUAGGAUCUUUACAGGCGGAUCAACUUGCUGAGCAAUCAAUUGACUUUCCGCUUUCCCAUGCCUCAUUGAACUCCUGCAUUCGUAUGCCUCCAUCGGAUGCUGAGGAUACGGCUGAUAGUUUGCGGCCUUCGUCUGUGGCCAUCUAUGCAGAUUUGGGGCAUCUGACCACAUUCUGUAAAUCCAAUCUUUCUGUGCUACAAGCAGGUACGCGAACGUUUUUUGUGGUCUUUCUUGUGUUUACCCUCAUUUUUGAUUGCAAUCGCAGGGUCAUUGCUGAUUCAAUACGUCAAAUCCAGGGUUACGAAAAUGCUUGGAAAUUAAUCGUAAUUGCGGCCACAAUUCAAGACGGCGAUGCGUCCGAAACUAGGCAAACUGCAAUUGAAGUUCUUAGUGCUGUGGAGGAGUUUCACAGACUUCUACCAACUAGGACAUUUAUUGUAGUUGUACGUAGUUCCGGUAAUGGAAUAUGGGCGGAUGCGAGCCAUUCCCACAAGGCUUGCCAUGAGAUGCUAGCGAGAUGGAAAUCUUAUGCGCGGUUCAAUUCAAAUUCCGUUUGGGAUCAGGUGGAGAUUAUCGUCCAGAAGAAUUUCCGAAAGUCUGAUUUCACUGUAGAAAUUUUGCCAUUAUUACGGGAAUCUGCUUUGGUUAAUCUCCCGGAACAGUAG